AUGUCUCGUCUUCUAAAUCAACUAGCAAAUACGCUUCGAACGCUUGAAUAUUGCCUAUUCGGAGGGAAUGGAUUCCCGCCAGCCGCCCUAGCAAUGGCUCAAGCCGCACACCUACCGGAAUGUGGCAGAAAUCCCAUAGGCAAGGCGUUUACUCUACGCGACCUCAUCGGAGACGGAAUGCUUUGGGCAGUACCGAAGCAUCGCCGUACGGUGGAGAAACGGCAUAAGCGAAAGUAUGGAUCGCCCGAGUACAAAUUAAAAAUAUUCACACCCAAAAUACAUCUCCGAUCGUGUGUUACGUGCGGCAGUGAUCAUGAAGUAGGCGUGCUAUGUCCAACGUGCUACGAUAAGGUUCGAAAGGAAACCGAGUUGAUGCAGGAGAAAAUUCAAAACGAGCUCGGAUUGGAACCGGUUGAUAAGGAUGUGGUGGUACUGUACGAUCGUGAACGCGAUGAACAGCCAGCCGAGUUUUGGGAAGGCAAACGGAUCGUUGAGAUGGAAAAACCGCGACCUACAUGGUUUAGCAAAAAUUUGCUGCAAAAAUCAACACCAUCAUCACCCGAACCGGAUGAGCUGAAACCGGGACACGAAAAGUUGGGCUAG